AUGGAGGGUGAGAUUCUUAACUUCAUUAAGGUAUGGAUUUCAGUCCUCAUUUCUCUGUGCUUUUGUUAUUCCAUUAGAAACGUAGUCCCUAAAGGGACCAAAAGACUCCUUUUUGUACUCCCAGUAGUUUGCCUCUUUCUCUACCUCCCUCUUAAUAUCUCCUCUGUGCAUCUUGGUGGUAGCACAGCAUUUUUCAUCGCUUGGUUGGCCAACUUCAAGGUCCUACUCUUUGCUUUCGGUAAAGGUCCUCUGUCUUCAGAUCCAUCAAUCUCACUUCCACUUUUUGUAGCUCUUGCUUGCUUACCAAUCAAGAUCCAACAAAAGGGUAAAAAUAAAGAAAACCCACCUUCAAAACCUCACCUAGAUGGCCAAACCAAAGAGACCCCAACUCCUAGCAAAGGUAAAGCAGGCCUUCGAAAUUAUGCAAUAAAAGGUGUACUUUUGGCCAUGUUGAUACGCGCAUAUGACUAUAGCGACCAUAUUCAUCCAAACGUUAUCUUGAUUAUGUACUCUUUCCAUGUCUACUUUAUGCUAGAAAUCAUUCUAGCCGUGGGUGCAGCCCUGGCUCGAAAUUUGCUAGGCCUAGAACUUGAACCUCAAUUCAAUGAGCCAUACUUCGCUACAUCUCUCCAAGACUUCUGGGGCAGCCGAUGGAACCUAACGGUCACCAGUAUCCUACGCCCCACCGUAUACGAACCCACCCGUAACAUCGGGUCCCAUCUUAUUGGUCGGAAAUGGGCCCCACUCCCAGCUGUUUUCGCAACAUUCGUGGUGUCGGCUAUAAUGCACGAGAUCAUUUUCUACUAUUUGGGGCGCGUGAAGCCCACUUGGGAGGUCACGUGGUUCUUCCUCCUACAUGGAUUUUGUUUAACGGUCGAAAUUGCUCUAAAGAAGGUCUUGAAUGGCAGGUGGCAGUUGCCAAAGAUGAUCUCGACCAUGUUGACUGUUGGAUUUAUAAUGAGUACGGGCUUUUGGCUGUUCUUCCCCAAGUUUGUGGAGUAUAAGGUUGACGUUAGAGCGUUUGAAGAGUACGCGGAAAUAGGCGCGUACGUAAGGAACGUGAGUCAAAGCAUAGUGCGUGUUUUGCCCAGUCAUUAA